AUGCAAUCCUCACGCAGCCCGUCGUUGAAAAAACGUCCUCGGAUGGCACCAGCGCGGUCGUGGGGCGCUCCGGCUUCAGUGGGCGUCGCCGUCGCCGUCUUCGUCAUCUUCUCCGUGCUCUUCUUCGUGGACCUCUAUGCGACGGCGCGCCUCAAGAAUACGUGUGGCAUGACGUACUCGUCACCCGUCUUCACGGCGCUGCCAAUGCCACCGGCGACGGACACCGCCAUGCAGCACACGCACGCCAAGUACACCUUCUCGAUGCUGCACGUGGCUGAUGACGCUCGUCUCGGACAAAAGCUCGUCAGCGGCGUGCCACUGCUCUUUGUACCUGGACACCUCGCCAGCUACAAGCAGGCGCGGUCGUACGGUCAGCACUUUCAUGAGCUUUACCGCAGCCACGGCGACAUCAAGGCUGGUAUCGAUUUCUUUCUUGUGGACUUUAACGAAGAGGCGACGGGCUUGACGGGGCACUUUAUGGCCGAGCAAGGCUACUUUAUCAACGAAGCCAUCAAGGAGAUCCUGCGACAGUACGCCCAUCUCGAUGCUGCGCUACGCCCGACGUCUGUGAUUGUUCUGGCACACUCGAUGGGCGGCAUUGCCGUGCGCACGGCUAUGACGCUACCCAACUACAUGCCGAGCUCCAUCUUGACCAUGGUGACGCUCUCGACGCCGCACAUGCAACCGCCGUUUCCACUGGACAGCAAGAUGGCAAAUGUGUACGCCUCGAUGAACAACGCGUGGCGUGCCUUCGCGAAUUCUUGCAACGAGUCGGCGUGCACCAACACGGUCUUUGAAGACGUCGUCGUUGUAUCGAUCGCGGGGGGACAUAGGGACCUCGUGAUUCACUCGUCACUGGCGUCGCUCGAGUCUCUUCUGCCGCCGUCGCAUGGCCUUGCCCUCCUCACGUCGGCGAUGCCGUCCGUGCAAACUUCCAUGGACCAUCUGUGUCUUUUGUGGUGCCAUGAGCUGCUGCAGACGAUCACAUCCGCUCUCCAUGCCCUCAUCGACCCGACGGCUCGCCGCAUUGUCGCUCGUCGCCAGGUGCGAUACGACAUUUUGCACCGAUCGCUUCUUGACGAGGCGCCGCCGUCUUUGACCGUGCCGGGGUUUGCUACGUCCGAGCGCGAUAUGUACCCGACGUGGACACCCCUUGUACUUUCGGACUUGAGUCGAACCCACUACAUUCUCGUCUUUCCAGUGCUCUUUGGAAUCUCGGUCGCGAUCUUGGCCACGCAGCUCGAGCGCUGGCAGCUACAAGUCGCCGACACAGCUACAUUUACCACGCUUCUUGCGCCGACGCAGCACUGGUGCUACCCCCUUCAGCACGCCAGGGCAAUAGACGUACCGUCGCCAGCCAUUGGCGCGGGCCUCGCCGCCGCAUUGCUCAGCCUCUACUACAUGGACGCGAUUGAAAGCAUUCUGUGCUACAGCUACGUCUACUUGUACGUCUUGGGAUGCGUCUUCUGCCUCUCGCAGACGCUCGGCCGCGUCCUCCGUCCGUUCACAUACUCGGCUGCGCGCUGCAGCACUCUUUUCACGCCGGCCGUUCUUAGUACGGCAGUGAUCAUGAUCGUCUUUGGCGUCGCCCACGGCGUAUACGGUUUGUCGCUCGAUGUCUCUCGAGAGCUAGCGCUUGUUUGCCUCAGCACGCUUGGGACACAUGUGCUGGCGUGGAUCUCGCUGCUCCUGCUGCCAAGCCGGUCGCCCGGGCUCGCCGCGUAUCAAUCGACGGUAUUUGCCAUCUACGCCGCCGUCUUCCCUUGCUGGCUCGGCGAUGCGGUGUACUUUGUCGAUGUGGUCCGGUUUCCGCGCGCAAUCGAACUCGGUUUUCUGAGCACAGUUGUGUGGUUUGUGCUGCUGCUUGGCCCGUGUUUGCGCCACGUGCUCCUCGCCCGCAAGUACUACUUCCCACUGCCUCCCGCUGCGAUGUUUGGCCGCAUGCACGGAGCGACGCUCGAGACGCCGACGACAUCGACGCCCGACGCCUGCAACAGUUGCUUUGUCGAAGACGGCGGUGUCGGCGCGGUCUUCAUGCAAGCGACGACGUCUGAGACUGUGCGCAUCGGCAGUGUGAUUGUCGGGCCGACGUUCCGCGUCGUGGCGUGCGACUGCGGCGCCCGUUUCUCGAGCAGCGUCGACUACUGCGACUUUUGCAGUCGCGUGUGCACCGAGUGCGGCGGUGGUGAGAUCGCACACCAGGAGCGCCGUCAAUUCCGCGAGUACAUGCACAUGAUGCACGAAACAGUCGUCGCGCACCGCAGCGUAUGCUCGCUUCUUUGGCUCGUCCUCUUUGGCGGCCUCGGGCUUGCGAUCGUCACGUGCAGCGCCCACUACCUCGUGUACCUCGGUGCCUGCGUCGGUGUCGUCGCGAGCGCCUAUCACACUGGCCUUCGUGGCGCGCUAGAUGUCGAGGACGGCCUUGUCGUUACGCCCAAGUCUGCCGAGACGCUCAUGCACGAAGUGCAAACGCCCAAGGCCAAAACGAAGAAAGCCACACAAUAG